AUGUCCCGCUUGACUUCUGAUAGGGAUGCAUACUCAAAGCUAGGGCAAUCGAUCAGUCAAAAACAUGCCGAUGAGCUCUCUGCUCAACUAUCCGUCUUUCAAUCUGUUGUGGUCAAUUUUGCCGUAGACCAUAGCAGCAACAUCAGAUCAAAUCCUGAAUUCCGAUCCAAAUUCACCAGCAUCUGCCUGCUGAUAGGAAUUGAUGCCUUGGAGCUUCUAAUACUCUUGGAGCUGCGGCUGAAGAAGAAGGACAACUACUUCUGUGGUCUAGCGAUAAAAAUAGUGGAGAUAUGCCACCAGACCCGUGACAUCAACGGAGGUCUUAUCUCAAUGAAGGAACUACGCUCGCGUAUGGAAGAUUGCAACAGUGUUCCACUUAAAGUAGCAGAAGACGAUGUCGUGAAAGCACUCAAUGUCCUCAAUGGUUUGGGUGAGGGAUUUGAGCUACUUACGAUCAAUAAGAAGAGGUGGGUGAGACACAUUACUUCAUCGGGCAAGAACAGCAUCUCUUCUGACCAACAAAAGGUUUACGAAUUGUGUGAGUUCAUGGGAGGUUUCGUUACUGUGCGGCUACUACGUGAUAACUAUGGUUGGGAUAAAGUUCGUCUGAAAACCGUGAUUGAUGAGAUGAUCAUGAACGGGUUCUUAUGGAUAGACUCGCAAGGCCCUAAUGAAACGCAGUACUGGGAACCUUCAUGGAUAUCGAAAUAA